AGGGCCUGCUUUCGGAACAGUGGAUGAUCCAUCUGUAUGGACACUUCAGAUAUGGUAUAAAAACCUUGGUAGUUUCGCACUCUGCAGUCGGACUCGUCAACAGGAUUACCGAUGAUGUUGAAGUUUGCGGUGACUCUAAGCGCUUUGGUGGCCGUCUCCUGGUCACGUGCUGUCGCUCCCGACGGCCUCCAUCCGACAUCGGAUGAGAUGAUCGAUUUCAUCAACAACCUCAACACGACUUGGACGGCUGGUCGCAACUUCGACAAGUCCAUCAGUCUGGAAUAUCUCCGAGGUCUUAUGGGCGUCCACCCGAUGUCGCUCAUGCACAGUCUGCCGGCUAUCGAGCACGACGUCGACCCGGAUGCUCUUCCCGAUAGCUUCGACGCCCGCCAGAAAUGGAGUCACUGUCAUUCCAUCGGAGUCAUCAGGGACGAAGGUUCAUGUGCAUCUGGCUGGGCGUUCGCUGCAGUGGAAGUCAUGUCGGACCGUAUCUGCAUUCACAGCCAAGGGAAGAUCCAAGUGAACAUUUCAGCAGAAGAUCUGUUGGGCUGCUGCGCUCUGUGCGGCAAAGGCCUCCGUCCCGGGUGCAAAGGCGGGUUCCCUGCUACCGCCUGGGAGUACUGGAAAAGUGAAGGUCUCGUGACUGGCGGUCUCUAUGGCACCAAGGACGGCUGCAAGCCCUACUCAAUUCUUCCCUGCGAGCACUUUGGCAGGGGCAAGCGUCCGCCUUGUACGGAAGGCGUCCAAGCUCCGAGUUGCCAAAAGAAAUGCCGCGAUGGGUACCAGAAGACCUACAAAGAGGACAAACAUUAUGGGCAAACAGCUUACUACGUUGAAGCAGACCAAGAACAGAUUAAGGCAGAGAUCUACAAAAACGGACCAGUGGAAGCUACUUUCAGCGUCUAUACCGAUUUCAUGAGCUACGGUUUCGGUGUGUACCAACACCACCGUGGCGAACUCAUUGGCGUGCAUGCAACUAAAAUCCUGGGAUGGGGCACGGAAAAGGGUGUGCCCUACUGGCUGGUGGCCAACUCGUGGAACACCGACUGGGGAGACAAGGGCUACUUCAAGAUCCUGAGGGGCUCCGAUGAAUGCGGAAUUGAAGACAGCGUCUAUGCUGGAAUUCCGCAGACUGAAUAAACCACUCGUGUAUGUCUAGCUUUA